AUGGAAGGUGGAACUACCCGUCCCGAUGCUCUGAAGCGUCAACAGAAGCUAGCGGCACAGAACACCACUACGCUCACUUCGCCGGCGAAGUUAUCCAUUGCACCACUCCAAGAGCAGCAGCAAUCUCUCAAUAUUACCGAACUCGAGGAAGAGAACACAAUUCACAUGGCUUCAACCCCAAACAAAUAUUCGUUUGAGCCGAAAGAGUUUACUGCGAGGUCAACGAUGGCACGAGCACAACAUGAACCAUGUACUCGAGGGUCAUCAAAUGAUCAAAACUAUGUUUCAGUUGAAAUUGAGGAAAUACUGGCUGCUAGUUUUGCUGAUAACAUUCGUUCAAUGGGAAAAUCGCUAAGAAAAACCGUUACUGACGGUAUUGAACUGGAACAGAAUGCUGAUAUCAGUUUACCACGAACUGCGGACAUGAGCAAAUUUUCCCGUCCCUCCGUUGGCUCCAUCACGUCCGGGGGCAAAAAUGGUGGUGUUGUAGGCAAAGAUGGUUGGGAUCUAUCGCAGCAGGCGUUCGAUAAUAGUUGGAUGAAAGCGAAGAUGAAUGAAUUGAGCCGGAUGGAAGAUGUUAGUUUUAGGUCCGGGGAAAACAUGGAAUCAAAGCUUCUUGAGGACGAAAUAGAGUGGGAGCAAGAGAAUGCUGUCAUCCCGUUGACGAACCCGAAGGCACGUCAGGCCAGUCCAGUUGGAGCUACAAGGAAACCACAGCUCACAAAACAUGUGGAUUUUUCGUGCUUCUCCGGCUACUUGGCACAAGAGAAUAAUAUUUCGCAAAGAUGUGCAGGUGAUAGUGAGAACGAAGACAACAGUUACUGCUCCGUUGGACAAUACUUUAACAAAAUGUCCAAUGAUCUGAAGAGUAUGAUUGGCGAUCACAGCCCUCCGAGACGAACUCCUUUACCGUUGCUUGAUGUAACGAACGACGCUAUGGGUAAAGAUGGAUACGGGAUAUCCGAGAAGACUGGUAAAGAAAACAGUUUAAGUGUUUCUUGUAUUGCAAAGGCUAUAACGUCCAUGGAUUUAGAAGAUUCGCCACAUAAUUUUAUCUACAAGCUCAAACAAGUGCAGAGAACGAAAACGGAACCAACUUCCAGUUCAACUGUUGGUCAAACGAUAUCUGGUUGUCAAUAUCAAAGUGACGAGGUUUCUUUUAAGCUUCCAGAAUGUGGACGUAGGAUGAAAACCAUCGAUUCAAAGUUUGCCCAGAAAAGUUACCCAUCGGAACAAAAGAUUAUCCAAACUGUUCCAUUGGGCCAACAACAACUGUCUGAUACAAUAAGUUGCUCGGAGUCUAUGCUAAAUUUUUCCUCAACCGACUCAGAGAUUCCGAUCAUUAAAACGUCUAGCCCCCUCAAGACAGCAGUUGACAGAAACAUAUCCUUUGAAAGAGUAUCGUCAGAAACGGUAACAGAUCGUAUUAAACAAACUCUCAUCGAUACUUAUUGCGUGUCCACAGCGACGAAAUUGUCCGAUGCACAAAUAGUUCUGCCAUUGAUACCGACAGUUUGUGGAACUUCGAAAAUAUGUCAGAAAAAUAUUUCAAAAACCAAAGAAGAUAACGCUGACAAUUGUUUUGGUAUGCAAAUUUCCAAGCAGAAUCGAAAGCGAUCGUGUUCGGCUAUACCUUUGCGAGACGAGAAAGAUAAGCGAUCGGAAUUGCUUACUCAAAUGAAACCGAUGUUACACCCAAGGUCAAGAUCGCCUUCGAACGGAGCUGAAUUGAAGGCUGUUUGCAGUGCUGAAGCAUUACAAAUGUCCACUGUACGUAGGGAUUGCGACAAAUAUCGUUCAACUCAGAAACGUUCGCAAUGUAGCGCUGUCUGCGAGAAAAGUUUCGCUGAUGAUCGGAAAUCAUUUUUAUCGCCAGAAAUUCACCAGAACCGCUCGCCUUGUAGCUCACCCAAAGCAAAUAACCUUGCUCGCGGAUACGAAGUUACCGACAAAAAUGGCUUGUUUCCGCCGAUAUCCCGUUCGUCAUCUCAAUGCUCCGGAAGCACUGAGUGGACGCAUCGUGGGGAUGGAUCGCUUCCACUUAAGGCCACCCACAGCGAACUGUCUUGGGCUAGCACCAGACUCAGACGGAGUGAAAAACGAACACUGCAGAUCAAAAAUACCUCGGAUCGGAAAAUACUAUUGAAGGCAAUUAUUACUGGGCCCGGCUUUCAGCUAUACAGUGCCGAGCACCAGAGAGCCCCUGAAGUGCUAACUCUUCAAAGCCAAGAGUGUCGUACGAUAACGGUCGACUUUUGUCCGACUAUUAUUGGACCGGCGGUAGGUGUACUUUCGUUUCACCCGCAUAAUGAUUUGCAUGCCCAACGGAUAGUUAGCCUUUACGGUUACGGUGGCGAAGCAUCGGUGAAGAUCGAAGGCAUACAGAAGGGACCAGGUGGUCCAUACCUCGAGCUCGGUAACGCCUGUCAUCUAGGUCGACCACUCGAGAAAUCUUUUUCACUCUACAACAAGGGCAAUCUUCCAGCCUUCGCUAGAAUUGAUAUCGAUAGAAAAAGUCUUGAUCAGGCGCUGCUAGCUUCAGUCGUCCACGUCCAUCCGCAGCGAACAGUCAUCGCUCCAAAUAGUUAUGCUCACAUUAAGGUGGUUUUUAAACCGGGUCGUCAGGAGAUUUCAAAAAUACUUCAGAAACAAGUGGAGGUGCUGUCUGUCACAAACUUACACAUUUUGUGGGGAGAUGAACCCACACGGCAUCGAAUUAGGCGUAACAUAGCGAUGGUAAAAUCUAAAGAGGUGAAUGAUCCUAAGCUGGAGGCUAUGACAUAUAUUUGUAAUCCAUUCGGUGAGGAAGAAGAGUUGGCGGGGUUGGAUCUUUUCGCAGAGCAUCUGUUCGAUACGAUCCAUGAACUGUUUCUUACGUUUCGCGAGUACGAAUUGGUGUUGACUAUUGAUCGUGCGCUAGAUGAUACAAUGCUUGAUUUGUCUAUGGCAGAUGACGAAUUCGGUGCGUUGUUUAAGACGAUGUACGCAACUUCGGAAGUAGGUAGCCCAUCGGCUCGGUUGCCAGUAUCUAACAUUUGCCAGCUUUCGCCGCCUGGCGGAUCUGGUAUACAGGCGCUUGGUAUAUUGAAGCGUGAAAGUGGAGAAUCGUGGUCAGUUCGACCGACGGCACUCGAGUUUCAGGCAUCGGUGGAACGAAUGAAGCAGUUCGUGAUCAAGAGUAAUUUCUACACAUCCCAGUACUUUGAGCUAAACUGCAACUAUAGGCAGCUUUUUAGGUUGUCUCCAUCCGAAGGACAUAUUCGGCCCGGCCAGGAAGUCGUUGUAACCGCAUCCCUUCAGCACGUUAAUUCUACCGGUCUGCACCAAGACAUUUUUUUCGUAAUUUAUAUUGAGAAUGAAAAGAUCAGCGUUCCGGUGUCGAUUUGUAACGGUAAAAUUUGA